AUGGCAGAAGCCACCGCCACCAGCCCCGCGGCGGAGGGAGCUGCGCAUAAAAAUGUAUGGACUACUCUAAUCACCAACUGUGACUACCUCCCGGGCCUCCUCACCCUGGACUACUCCCUGAAAAAGGUCGGCUCCAGAUACCCCCUUGUGGCGCUUUACACGGACUCCUUCCCACCAGAGGGACAUGCGGCACUUCAGGCCAGAAACAUCCCGGCCAAACAUAUCCCCUAUCUCCUCCCCGCAGCCCACAAGGACUACAGCAAUGACACCCGUUUCUACGACUGCUGGAGCAAGCUGGCCCCCUUCUCGCUCGUGGAAUACGACCGAGUCGUCCAGCUGGACAGCGACAUGCUGGUGUUUCGCAACAUGGACGAGCUGAUGGAGCUGGAACUGGACAGCUCCGCGCUGAAGGGGGAGGGCUCCCGCGUUUUCGCCGCGAGCCAUGCGACCCCAUCCAACUGCGCCCUGACAACCCAGCACGCAGACCCCGCCAGCGCGCAAACGCAAGGAGCCCCCGCAACCGCCGGCCUGGGCGUGCUCAACGGCGGCCUCCAGGUCGUCAACCCCUCCACCGCCAUCUACGAGAAGAUCCUCGCUGUCCUGCAGACGCCGUCCGCGACGUCCAACUACGCCUUCGCCGACCAGUCGCUGCUCUCUGACCUGUUCCCGGGCCUCUGGGUGCCGUUGCCGUAUGUUUAUAAUGCUCUGAAGACGCUGCGGUGGGAAGGCGUGCAUAGCGAGAUUUGGCGGGAUGAGGAGGUGAAGAAUGUGCAUUAUAUUCUGAGUCCGAAGCCGUGGGAUGAGAAGGGCGGGGAGGAGGGGCAGGGAGAUGAGACGCAUCGUUGGUGGUGGAAGGUUAAUAAUGAGAGGUUGGAGGAGGAGAAAAAGAGAGGGAUAAUAUAA